GUAUCAUCUUCGAGAUAAGCGACGAAAUCAUCAUAAAAUAGGCCACCAUGCGAAUCUGCCUCGCAAAGGUGCAGUGUCUUGUUUUGUUUCUGGUUCGAACAUCGGUUAUUCCCUGUGUAGCAGCCGAAAUAUGUCCGCUUCCCCCGCCAUGUGAGUGUGACAGAGAGGAAACAAUCGUGUACUGCCGGAACAAGAACUUAACUACCAUUCCGCCUGUCACUAAAGCUGAUGGAUUAUGGUCAUUUCAUCUUGGUGCCAAUAAGAUCAAAUAUAUUCCAUCUAAAUGGUUCUCGGGAGUGAAGCUUCAAAUGUUGUUUAUUGACAGUAACGAAAUUGACAGCAUUGAUGACGAUGCAUUUACCGGAAGUGAGGAUAGCUUGAAUGUCCUUCAGUUGCAUGAUAACUCACUGAGGGAAUUACCAACAGCUGUAGGGAAUUUGAGAAAACUGUUGGGUAUCACUCUACAGGGAAAUCCUCUGCCAGAUUUCAGGAAAGAUGUGCUGCAAAAUAUAUCAUCGUCUUUGCGGUAUAUAAGUAUGGGAUCCGAUGUAAUGCCGAAAUGGCCUGACAGCCUGAACUAUCUCUGCAAUUUGAUUUCAAUCAAUCUCUACGACGUUGCUUUUCCAAAUAUUCCUGACGCCGGAUUCCACGCGUUUAGAAAAAACUUGACUUCCUUAAGCCUUUAUAAUACAGGAUUAACUGCUCUACCGUCAUUGGAUGAUCUAGAUUCUUUAAGAAAUUUAAUUUUUCAAGGUAACAAAAACCUGACUGCAAAUGCCAUAUCAAACACGGUAAAAAGCGGUCUGCCAAACCUAAUGGGUGUGACGUUUCAAGACAAUAAUCUGAAAACACUCCCAAAUAUCUUCAUGAAAUCUCCGAAACUCAGUGUUUUGAAUGUUUACUCAGAACCCAUGGAGUAUUUACGUGAUGAGACCUUCCCACCUAAUGCAUUCAUGACCCUAUCUUUCAACAAUACAAAGUUCGCCAGUGUGCCAUUUUGUGUGUCGUCGCUCUCACAUGUCACUAGCUUACAAAUGGCCUACAACAGAAUCACAGAAAUCUCAAGUGAAGACUUCCGUGGUAUGACGAAGCUUUCAUCGUUGGAUCUGUCUGGAAAUCCAAUUACCCGAGUGUCUAAAGACGCCUUCAUGGCCAUGAAUGAUAUUACAUAUGUUCGCUUGGACUACACGAAUCUAACCACCAUACCAUCUGCGAUCACGAACAUUAAUGCUCUUCAAGUGGUUGAAUUUUCCCACUCUCCAAUCCUAUGUACGUGUGAAAGCAUUGGAUGGAUUAAGCAUUGGAAAACAAUACCGGCAAAUCUACAACUAAUUGGUUAUUGUACAAACAUUGAAAUGAAUUUAAUGGCGUACAUUCAUAAGGAGGUUCCAAAAUGCCUUAACUAGAUGUCAUUGAAUGUUUCGUCCGAAGAGAUUCUUUUACACAGUGUUAUCAAAAUGACAUUAAAAUAGUCAAAGUCCG